AUGAAGGCAGAGUGGUUCAAGGACGAUAAACCUGUCAAAUUCUCCGAUCGCAUCAAAGCUGUUGUAAAGAAGGACGACAAGGACAAAGAAGGCUACCAGUUUCUUUUGGAAAUUUACGGACCACAAAAGGAAGACGAGGCUAAAUAUAAGUGCGUUGUGAAAAAUGCAGAAGGACAGAAUCAGCAAUCGUUAAAUCUUGUGUUUGACUAG